AUGUUACUGUUUGUUUUUCAAUUAGCAUUGCUACAAUGCGUGUGCUCACAUUUGUUGAUGCCUGCUAUAACAACGACUGAAGUGGAAUUGAAGCCUGACCCAACUCUGGUUGAAUAUAUUGCAUUUCCACGUUCAGCACUAAAUGGAACUGAGUUUGAAAUUCGUCUUAGGUGUACUACGGCAUCAGACUUCCAGUUUAUUGCGCAGUUUGUUAUCCGAAGUUCACCUUGUGACAAGGAGUUUUUUGACAUAAAACGCCAGGAGAAAGUUAAAAGUUUAUUGGAUUUUUAUUUUAAAGAGGAAUAUAAAAUCCCGGAGGGUUACACUUAUAAGGAGUUUUUUUAUUAUAAGUCGGACGAAAAAACGUUUAGCUGUGUGAAUGGCGAAACGCAACUUUUUGAAGGGGUUCUAGCCGGUAGAGGAAUGGAGCUACAUACCGUGAAACCUUUGCCUGCUACUCCGGAGGGUGAAGGUGCUAUUAAAGGACGAGUUAAAAGAGGCAUUUAUCCUGGUUUAAAUGGUAAUUCUAUUGAUGGUGGUACCAAAAACAGUUUAAGUUCUUGGCAUCCCUGUCUUACGGUUCAGGCAGAUGGCAUAUAUUUCCUGAUAAUAAGGUUUCACUCUGCUAUAGAAUCUAAAGAUAGAAAAGACCCACAAAACAUAACUGUUGAAUUGCAAUGGCGAGGCCCAAACGGGUAUCUUAGUGCCAUUGACUAUCCGCUCAGACGCUUUUAUGCUGUAAUGUGUGUUAUAUACACCGUAUUGGCUAUAGUGUGGCUCGCAAUGUGCUUAAAACAUUGGAAGGAUAUUCUGCGGAUUCAGUACUGGAUUGGGGCUGUUAUCAUUUUUGGAAUGAUCGAAAAGGCAAUGUUUUAUUCAGAAUAUGCCACUAUGGAUGAUGUGGGGACGUCAGUAGAUGGAUUUAUUGAGGCAGCGGAACUUAUUUCAUGUAUAAAACGAACUUUGGCGAGAAUCCUUAUCAUUAUCGUCUCUGUUGGAUACGGUGUUGUCAGACCAAGAUUAGGAAGCACACUCAAUCAAGUUGCUGGUGUUGGUUUCAUCUAUUUCAUAUUCUCCGCGAUUGAAGCUCUAACUCGGGUUUCUAAGCCUCGUAGCUUUCAGGCUCACGGAGAGGGGAUGAAACAGAAACAACUUGCUAGUUUACCGUUAGUCAUUAUUGAAGUCAUUAUAUUUUGGUGGGUGUUUACUUCUAUAAUUAACACAAUGAGAACAUUACGGGUGAGAAGGAAUGAGGUAAAACUGGCUAUGUAUAGACAUUUUACGAAUGCACUGUGUUUCGCUGUUACAAUAAGUGCGGUUUUUAUGGUAUGGACAGUUUAUAUACACAAUUUUCAAAAAUGUUUGACAGACUGGAAAGAGUAUUGGGUGGAUAUUGCUUUCUGGCAUAUGCUGUUUUGUUCAAUACUUAUUGUUAUCAUGAUUUUGUGGCGCCCAUCUCAAAAUAAUCAGCGUUAUGCAUUCACUCCAUUGCUCGAUGAUUCUGAGAAUGAAAAUGAAGAUGACGAGUUGUUUAACAGCAGUUUUUAUUCAAAAGAGUUCUUGAGUCAGAGGAACGUGAGUGCCGAAACAAAGGUUGAAAACAGAAAAGAGAAAGAAAAUACGCAAAGCGAUGAAAAAAUACAGGAAGACCUGAAGUGGAUUGAGGAACACAUACCCUCAACGAUUGCUGACAAACUGCUUGUUGAUGAUGAUGAAGACAGAGAAAAAGUUGAGCUUGAAAGGUCGAAAUUGCUAUAA